GUGUGCCUAUGUUUUUCUGCAGACCGAUACACAACUCAUCUGCCUCUCAAUCGAAACCAAACUGUGUCCAUCGCUGUCUGCACUCUCUGGACUGUCAUCUCCAAACAAACUCAUGGAUAAUGAAGGAACAAUAGUGGGUGAAAAAGACAUGGCGUCAAACGAUGACUCGCCCAUGGAACAAAUGAAAUUUGAUGACGAGAUCACAGUAAACAACUACGCUGACUCUGAAACAGAGACAGCCUUUCUCCUGGAUGAGUGCACCCAAUACCCAACGAAGGAAAUGGACCAGGUGGUCAUGGACAACUUGGGGCGGCUUUUUGAGCACUGCAUCCAGAAAGUGUCUUGUCUGGAGGAGCAGAGGGACGAGCUGGUACGUGAGCUCCUCCGCCUGCAGGAGCCCUUCCUGCGAGUUGUGGAGCACCUGAGAAGAAAGCUGGUGGAGGCACAGAAGCUGCUCACGCUGUCUCAGAUGGAUUACAUGUCUGUGUUUGAAGAAGUGCAGCGGGUGAAGAGGAAACUGUUUGCAGCAGCCAGGGACUGCAUCCAGAGCCAGGUGACACUGGCCAAACAGGAGUAUGAGGUGGCUGAGUCUGCAGUUACUCAGGAAGAACUCGAGGCUCGCAUCCAAAAUCUGAUCCAGGAGUUGUCCCAGCUUCCGGAACUUCACCGAAACCAGUUUAACUCUCUGAAGGACCAGAUCACAAAGCCCUGCAGACCCAGGGCCAUGACUGACAUCAGCCAGUGCCGCCAAGCUUCCGUCAGGCUCCAGCGGCGGCUCAGUGGCAGCGUGACGGCCCUGGAAGGCUGGUACGAGCCUCGGCUCUUGGCCCUGCUGAAGAGGCGGCAGGUUGGAGAGGAGGCUUUGAGAAAGAGCAGGGAGCAGGCGAAGGACCUAAAGGCCAGACUGGGCCCACUGAGAGAGGACAUCCAGAGACUGGAAGUGCAGAGAUCCUGUCUGGAACAGAGGAGCUCUCUCAUGGAGAGGGAGAGGCAUGACAGCAACACACAGCACAAGGAGACUGUGGAAACAUUAAGAGAAACCCUAAGGGAACUGGAAGUGGAGUUUGAAGUUCAAAGAAAAUCCAAGGAAUAUUUGGAGGCUCUUAAAGAUGGUCUACUGACAGAGCUGACAUUUCUGAGAGGCCGUGACGAAGCCAACAAAACCACUGCUGAAGAGAAACCUUAACUUUCUAUUUACAGUGAAUAUUAAAUUACCUGCAAGCCUCGUGUGGAUAAAGUGGUAGAAGACGGAUCUACACCAGACCAAACUGUCAAGCAGCUGAUUAUGCUGAGCAUUUAUUCUCAUCUACAGGCUCAUAAAGUCAUCUCACAGAUAACACUCAACUUCAUAUACGACAUAAGGCAAGAGAGAUUAAAUGUAAAUAUUUUUAUUAUGAAUAUGCUUAAAGUCAUCAGAUGCAGCACAGGGAAAAAAAAGCCGAGAAAGAAACACAAACAAAGUGACAACACACGACGUGGACAACUGCGAC